CUGUUAUUGUGAGUUGUUGCUUGCUUACUUCUUUUUGGGGUUAUGUGAAGUUUUACAAAUUCUGAGCUUUUUGUUGCUUGCUUUUGCUGGUGGUCAUCCCUAGUUGGCGUUCUUUCCAGGACUUAAGAUGAUGGCUCGCAGUUCCAAUAUGAAAUUAAUGUAGUCUAAUUUUAUUUUCAAGCCAUAAAAUGACCAUUCAUAAUUUGUAUAUAUUUAAUAGAAAUGGAACACUUUUAUACUACUGUGAAUGGAACCGUCUGAAGCAAUCUGGUAUAACUAAGGAAGAGGAGGCAAAACUGAUGUAUGGAAUGCUUUUUUCUAUAAAAUCUUUUGUUACUAAAAUAUCACCUCUUGAUACUAACAAAGGUUUUAUUUGUUAUAAAACUAGUAAAUACGCAUUGCAUUACUUUGAAACUCCCACUGGUUUAAAGUUUGUAUUAAACACAGAUGUCAAUGCACAGAAUAUUCGUGAAUUGUUGAAGGAAAUGUACAUCCAGGUGUAUGUUGAAUACAUAGUAAAGAACCCAGUCAUAGAUUUGAACGCUCCUAUCACCAGUGAUCUCUUCAAGCAAAAGUUGGAUUCUUUUAUUAAGCAGUCACCAGCAUUCGUGGCUAGUAAAGUAGCUAACUUUUAA